CCGUUUGUUUUUAUAAAACCCAAAUUCGUACGUACCAUUGAUGAUAUAGAAACGUAUACUUUUUCCUUAAAACCUCUCCGUAGCAAAUUCUAAGUAUUUCACAACCAUGGACGAACACAAACCAGACAUCCUCUCUAGCUUACCGUUAGAGCUUCUCCUCCGCAUCAUCAGCUUCCUCCCUUUUGAAUCAGCAAGACUUAUCCCUUUCGUCUCCACACGGUAUAGGUCCGUUUGGAACCAAGCCCUGCUCGUUGCUAACAGCCGGAACGGCUCCAUCGAAGACAUAUUUCACGCCGUCUUACGCUUCAUCAACAACUUCGACGAACACGACCCGUCUAAAAACACACGGAAGCAUGAGUUUCACGUUGACAAGUCAACCUUCGUGUCCACAAUUCUCGCACCUCAUAACGUCUUGCAUAUGAGAUUCUUCUUCUCUGAUGGUUUCAAGGAAGAAGAAAGCUUUUGCUGGCGUCUUGAGAUAAACGAUCAGAUGCCAAGAUCUGUCGACUCAAGCGGUUUCUUGGUGAAGACGCUUUGUUUAGACUCGGUGAACUCAUUAACCCACGAGGUUGUUUCCUCCAUGGUUUUGGAUUUUUCUUUACUUGAGAAUCUCAAGAUUUGUGGUUGCAAGGGAGUGACUUCUCUCACAAUUGAUUCACAAACUAACCUUCUUCACUUAUCUAUCUCGGAUUGCCCCAAGCUGAGAUAUCUCGGUAUUAGAUCAGUUAAGCUUAAAACCCUUCAUUACCAGGGAUUCCUACCGUUGAUCAAGAUCCAUGAACAUUUCAACUUGACCAAUGCUAUUUUCGACGUAAGACAGGGCCCAUGCGUUUACAACAAUGCUUUAGACAUCGGUCCUCUCUUGCUCAUCAUCAAGAACUCUCAAGCCCUUACAAUUUGCAGAUGGAUGUUCGAGGAGCUUUUCAAACCGUGCAUAUCAUCAUCUUGGAGAUCAUUCCAGUUCUACAAACUACACGAACUGCGGUGGAUUGAUAAUUCGAUGAACCAAGAAAACAUUAAUUUCCUGAUAUCAUUUCUCAAACUGUGUCCUUCAAUUGAACGCCUCUUCAUUACUAUCGAUUUGAAUACUUAUAGUUCAAAAAGAGUUAGUGUUGAUGCUGACCAUGGAAGCGAGCAAGCAAGAGUACUAAGGAACUUGAAGUUGGUCAAACUGGAAGGUUCAAAGAGUGAAGACGAAAAUCAUGAUCAACUGAUAUUGGCUCUGCAACAGAUAGUCCAAAUCGACCAGCCUCUGCUUGUGCUGUCUUCUUUUUCAAGAGACUGACUCUGGUUUCGAAUGGGAAAGAUUAUGUCUAAAGAUACACGCAUGCACAUGUUUUAAUAAAAUCUGCUGUCAUUUUAACGCGUGACUACCUAUUUCUUGCUGUACAAGAAACCCUCUCUUUAGGAUUAGCCGAUUCAAGCUUUUUUCACCAAUACGUAUUAAUCUAAUGUUUUUACUAUGAUUAUUUACUUGAAAGCUACAUUAAUAUGAUUUUCGCAAGUAUAUGCA